AUGAGGGCAGGUGCACGUGCUCCCGUGCCGAGACGUGGUGCAGGACGACCACGUAGGAGGACGUUAGAGUCCCUGGUAGCAGAGUCGCCAGAGACAUCUACUGAAGUCGAGCUUGCCAGUCAGGGACAGACUCCGUAUGGUACUGCGGCCGUGUCGGGCUCUCAGACUCCGAUAGUUUCAGAGGUACCUACCCCGACCGUACCCACUCCUACCGUAUUUACGGUACCACCAACGGUACCACUGGCAUACCCGAUACCACCACCACCAGUGCCUAUGGAAUACCAGGCACCACCACCACCAGUGCCUAUAGCAUACCAGGCACCACCGCCACUGUUGCCCACUGCAUACGCGGCGCCCGCACCAGCAGCAGCAGUUGCUCCACCUCCGGUACCACCACCUACAGUACCUCCAGCCACGCCCACCUAUGCUGACCCUGCGGUGCCACCAAUGACACUUGCCCCAGUCUAUGCAGCAGCACCGGGGAUGCCUCUCCCAGCCUAUGCAGCGGUACCACCUGUUAUACUAGCUCUAGUGGUUCUGCCAGUUCCUGCAGCUGUCCCUACUCACCUCACUGAUAUAGUCGCGGCACGAGCCCGGAUCCCAACACUGGCAGAGUCGAUGAAGAAAUUAGUUGCUGAGGGCAGCUCCCGUAUGCAUCAGUUUAUUCAGGGACUGGAUGGACAUCUACAAGUAAAGCUUGCUGAUUUUGGGAGUUCAUCCUACAUAGAGACACUGGACAGAGCCCUGAUGAUAGAGUCAGCUCAGCAGAGAGCAUAUCCGGAUAAGAAAAGGAAGCAGAUGGGUCAGACAUUAGGAUAG